AUGGAUGGGUCUCAGGGCCAAGUUGGCCAGCCAAUGGGUGUCCCGCAGCAGCCACAGCACUCAAAUCUCAUUCGAACCGAUCAAGUACAGAAGCUACCGCACCUCAGUGACCAGCAGAAGGCCCAGCAUACCCAACUGGUGCGCAGCCUCUGGGAUAUGUUGAACACCCGCGAUCCACAGACCCACGAAUACCAACAGGCGCAUACGAAGCUCUCGCAGCUCUCACAGAACUUGAUGAAAGGAAUGCGGGUUUUCCAGCAGAAUCGACAGCAGGCAAUGCAGCAUCAGCACCAGCAAGCGGUGCAGGGACAGCCAGGACAACAGCCACAGCAAGGGACACAGCCGGUACAGCAAGCUACCCAGGGAGCUGUUCAGGGAGCGCAGGGGCCACAGGGACAACCAGUCCAGCGGACGCAAUCGAACAAUCCACAGACGAUUAAUCAGCUCAUUCCGCAAAUCCAAGCCCGGGUCAGCGCGCUCAAUUUCUUCCUGCCUCCGAACGUGACUCCCGAGCAGGUGCAGACAUGGAUACCUGAAGCCCGGUUGCGAUAUGGUAUCGCUCUUCAGAAACAAGAGGUUGGACGAGCUCGGAUGGCUGAUCUUCGUUCGUCAUAUGCUCAGCGGCAGGCCCAGGGCAAUAUGAGCCAGGAGGAAAUGCAAGAAUUCAAAAACCGACAGCUGGCAGCUGAAAAGCUGUUCCGAGAGGGUAGCGAGUUCUUGAACAAGUUCAAGGAACAGCAGGAAAGCUUUAAGCUUCAAUCGCAGCAAAAUCCACAGAAUCAAGCCAUGAAUCAGGCAGGACAGGGGAAUACGCCUGCUAAUUUGAACCAAACCCCAGUCGCGCCUCCCAUGUCAACACAAAACGUGCCAAAUCCCCAGGCAGGAGCGGCAGCCAACCCCAUGCAAUCAGGACAAACUCAAGCCCCAGCUCCUCACACCAUCAACUCAGCGGUCAACGCAGCACGCCAAACUGCAAUGUCUCCCUCUACCUCUCAGCCUGGACAGCCACCUUCUGCGCAAUCUGCUGGAAACACUCCAGUCCCAAUCAGUGCACCGCUGCCUCAAGUGCAACGUCCACAGCCAUCCCAGCAAGGAACUCCAGGAGGACAAGUCACAUUCAGCCAAAACCCUCAUCCUGACGGUUCCGCCCCCACGCCACCAGGGCCCCCCCAACAGGUGAACCAAGGCCCACCUCGUCCUCUCUCGCACCAAGCUGCUAUCUCACAAGCAGCGCAAACCUACACCAACCCCACCCCUCAACAGCAAACAAUGACUCAGCAAGCCCAGGCUAACCAGCAGGCUCACCCCCAGGGUUAUCUUUCAAACCGCCCAGGCGAAACUUCCACCCGUAACACCAACAUGGCAAUCCCCAAGAACCUUCAUGUCUCCACCCCCGAGCCCGUCUCAAUGCCAGGCUCGCGCCCCUCUCUUUCUGGCGGUCCCAGCCACGGUGCCAUGGGUAUGAUGGGCCAGCCCGCGAUCCAAAAACACCCUGGCUACGUCCUGGAAGGUGAAGGCCAGCGCGUGCUGAGCAAGAAGAUGCUCGACAUCCUCGUGCGACAGGUGACCGGUGGCGGCGAAGGAGAAAUGCUGACUCCAGAUGCGGAAGAGUUCAUCCUCCAAAUGGCCGACGACUUCGUCGACGAAGUCAUCACCCAGGCCUGCCGUCUCGCCAAACUGCGCCCUUCCUCGACCCUCGAGCUGCGCGAUAUCCAGCUCGUCCUUGAACGCAACUACAACAUGCGUAUCUCCGGCUUCUCGACCGAUGACCUCCGCACCGUCAAGAAGCCCCAGCCUACCCAGGGCUGGACUCAGAAGAUGUCCGCUGUCCAGGCUGCCAAAGUCACUCAAGGCAAGAACGAGUAA